UAUCCCUAGCUGAUGAAGAAGAUGUUAGGAUCACGAGUCUUUGCCCAACAUGUCUGCCUGUGGCAUCCGUGAAGGAAGAGGACUCCAUGCUAUUUGCUUUCCGCUUGAUGUUGAACUCUGAUUUAUGUUUAUGCUAGCCUUGAGCUAUGCAAGUUGUAUCGAACUAUUUUAUUUCCGCUGGAUCUUAGAUUGUAAUGAAGACCUUUGCUACUUGGUAUUUCAUCUUAAACUGUGUGUGCUAGCAGUUCGAUCCAGGGACUAGCACUAAUGCACAGGGGCUUGCACUUUUUAAAGUGAGGUCACUACAGAUGGUAUCAGAGCACUGUGUUGCCCAUAGGUUCGUGACCCUAGGUUUUGAUUAGAAAUAGGAAGACCUUAGGAUGAAAUUCCAUCUUAUCUAUCUAAUCCAUUUUCUAUUGAAAAGAAAUGUUUGCAAAUUGGUUUUCUUGUAUUCUCACCUAUUCCAUCUUCAAAACAAAUCUUCAUCUUUUAGACGUCCAAUCUUUGAAGACCUCAAGUAGAUGGAAGAGAAGCUAGAAGCACCCAAGCUGGAAAUAGAGUAGACCACCACUUUCCUUUUUUUUCGGACCAACGAUAUCUCCAUGCAUUGAUCAUACCAAAUUGCGGUAUGACCAUACUAGUUUGUUAGUGUUUAAAACAUUUGCUUGCGUGAUUUGAGGAUUGUUUAUAUGCUUGUGUUGUUCGGGGGUAGGAAAUUUUAUUUCUCUUUAGCUCUAGUCUAAUUCUAAUUCUUACCUCCCAAACCCCACAGCAUGCCGCCCCGCCGAGAGCCCGAGGUGCCAGCCUAUGUUCAACAGAUGAUGGAGGCACAGGCCCAGCUGAUGCAAGCAGUGACUCAGACCAUAACCCAGCUGAACAACCACAUGCAGAACAACAACAACAAUCCACCACCUCCGCCACCUCCACCUCCGCCACAGCAAGACCGUCUGACUAGGUUCCUGAGGCUGAACCCUCCCACAUUCUCAAGUUCUCCUGAGCCAAUCGUAGCUGAUGACUGGCUGCGUACAAUUAACAAGAAAUUGGACACUAUUCAAGCACAUGGGGAAGAGAAGGUGCGGUUCGCCGCACAUCAGCUUGAAGGACCCGCAGCUGAAUGGUGGGACAACUACCAGAUCACCUACCCUGACAUCGCAGCCAUCACUUGGGAUCAGUUUCAGAAUGCUUUCCGCACUGCUCAUGUUGCUUUUGGAGUCAUCGCUCUGAAGAGGCGCGAGUUUCGCGACUUGCGCCAGGGAUCUCGCUCCUUGUCUGACUAUGCUGAGCUCUUCAACAAGUUGGCUCGUUAUGCACCUGAAGAUGUGAACACUGAUAGGAAGAGGCAGGAGGAAUUCAUGAGAGGCCUCAGUGAUGAGAUAUCCAUCCAGCUUUGUGCUUCUAGUUGA